AACAACCUGUAAUGUAAGAGACAGUAAAGAGUUGUAACCAGAAACAAACACAAACCCAAGAUCGAAGUAACACAAAACAUCACUGUCCCACGUUCUUCUUUUUUACUUUGCUCCUCUCUCUCACCGAUCGCAUACACAUGAGUACCGGCGAGCUUCUCACUAUCGAGCCUCAAGAGCUCCAGUUUCCACUUGAAUUGAGAAAGCAGAUCUCGUGUUCCUUACAGCUGUUAAAUAAGAGUGAUAAUUAUGUUGCUUUCAAGGUUAAGACAACAAAUCCUAAAAAGUACUGCGUUAGGCCUAACACUGGGGUUGUGUUGCCAAGGUCCACUUGUGAUGUUAUAGUCACAAUGCAAGCACAAAAGGAGGCACCUCUUGAUAUGCAAUGCAAGGACAAGUUCUUACUUCAGAGUGUAAUUGCAAGUCCUGGAGCUACAGCUAAGGAUAUCAAUGCAGAGAUGUUCAAUAAGGAGGCAGGGCAUCAAGUUGAAGAAUGCAAAUUGAGGGUUGUUUAUGUUGCUCCACCUGGACCCCCAUCUCCAGUACGAGAAGGAUCAGAGGAAGGUUCUUCACCUAGAGCUUCUGUGUCAGACAAUGGGAAUCUGAGUGCUUCUGAACGUACAGUUGUGCUAAAAACUUUUGCGGAGAGACAUGAACCUCAAGAUAACUCAAUUGAGGCAAGAGCUCUAAUUUCGAAGCUCACCGAGGAGAAAAAUUCUGCUAUUCAGCAAAACAAGAAGCUUCAGCAAGAAUUGGAGCUGUUGAGGCAUCAAUCCAGCAGAAGUCGCAGUGGGAUCUCAUUCGUAUACGUUCUUCUUGUUGGCUUGCUAGGUGUCAUUUUGGGGUACAUCAUGAACAGGACAUGACCAAUCAAAAUGCUUGUUAUGGCUUAUGUUGCACAUCCUAGCUGAAAAGUUGAUAUUUGAAAUCUUGAAGAGAUCAAAUGUGCGACUGAUAAGUGUGUAACUCUUAUUUAAUGGUCUGUAUUGUAGAGAAGCGUCAAUUCUUGACCAGUAAGAGGGGAUUCUUGUUCAUUGUAUUACUGUUACCGGCUGUUGACAGUCAGAAGCUCAAAAGACUUGAUAGGUUCUGUAAUUGUCUUGUUCAAGCUUAUUGCGUGACCACUUGAUGAA